AGCGCAUCACAUGUCGAAGCUUGAAAUUUGUUGAAGGGCAGAGGCCAUCUCAUCGCAGAUACGCUGCUGUUUUUGAAGUAAUUGUCUGUGAUGUAGUUCUGUUCGGUGAUUCCAAUUGACAUUUUGGAAAUUGUAACUAUUAAGUUGGGUAGUGGUGAGCAAAAGUAAUCAAAAUGCCCGAUGGCAAAGAAAAUAAGGACGGCAGCAAAAUGUACGAGAACUUCAAAGGUGGAAAUGGAAAGUGUUUCCCGGAAAUAAGAGCUGGUGGUGACUGUCCUGUUUCACCUCUGGAACUGCUUCAAACUUCUGUUGCCCAGUCAGAAAUUUCAUUUGGUUGUCCACCUGUUUUGAGAGACAUCUCCAAUAAUUCACCAGUUACAUCACAAAGUACAUCUCCAGGUGAUGUGAGCAGGGUAGUUGCUGAUCCGUGCAGUAGCUCGGAUACAGAAGGUGAAGUAAGCCUCUCUGAUGGCUUAAGAUUGAGAAGACUGUGGGUGACUGAGAAAGAUUGGUUGAACAAAGAGAUCCCUGAAUUAAGAGAGGUCAGAGAUUUGUUGGAGGAUGAUGCAAGUGUUCUGGCAGAAGAGGAUGAUGGUGCUGGUUGCCCUUUGCCAAGCACGCCAGAAGAUGAACAUCUUUUGGACUGUGAGAUGACUGAAGUUCUGAAAGCUGGUGUGCUUUCAGAUGAAAUUGAUCUAGGAGCAUUGGCGCCCAAUGCUGCAGAACAAGUCGAGGAAUUUGUCAGAAAAGUAUGGGAAGCAUCAUGGAAAGUAUGCCACUUCAGAAAUUUACCUCAAUGGCUGCAGGACAAUGACUAUUUACAUGCUGGACAUAGGCCACCCCUGCCAAGUUUUUAUGCGUGCUUCAAGAGCAUAUUUCGCAUUCAUACAGAGACUGGGAACAUAUGGACACAUUUAUUGGGUUGUGUUGCAUUUAUUGGGGUAGCCACAUACUUUCUUACGCGACCUUCAGAGGAAGUUCCGCUUCAAGAAAAACUUGUAUUUGCUGCGUACUUUGCUGGUGCUAUAGUCUGCCUUGGAAUGUCAUCUGCAUUUCAUACUGUGCACUGCCACUCAGAGUGUGUGGGGAAGCUAUUUAGCAAGCUUGAUUAUUGUGGCAUUGCAAUGCUAAUAAUGGGAUCAUUUGUUCCCUGGUUGUAUUACGGCUUCUACUGUGAUUUCCAGCCCAAACUUAUCUACUUGAGUGUCGUCAUUGGGCUGGGUGUAACAUCCAUUGUAGUAUCCCUAUGGGAUAGAUUUAGUGAACCUAAAUACAGAUCUUUACGUGCAGGUGUAUUUAUGGGCUUUGGAUUGAGUGGAGUUGUUCCUGCUGUCCAUUACGCUGUCUCUGAAGGAUGGUUUAAUGCAAUUGCUCAAGCAUCUUUAGGGUGGUUGAUACUUAUGGGAUGUUUAUAUAUCUUGGGAGCUAUGUUUUAUGCUCUGAGGGUACCAGAAAGAUUCUUUCCAGGAAAAUGUGAUAUUUGGUUUCAGUCUCAUCAGAUCUUCCAUGUAUUGGUCAUAGCUGCAGCAUUUGUCCACUACCAUGGUAUAACAGAAAUGGCUAUGUAUAGGCUAAAUGUUGGAGAAUGUCAAACUCGGGACACACCAAUUGAUUCUGAAAUUCAUAGUAUCAACAGGCAAUCAUUGUAAUUGUUGUAUGUGUGAGACUGUAAAAAUAUGUGACUAUGGCUAGUUGACAUGAUGGUCAGUACUCUACAUGUGAGAUUGAUAAAUGAUUCAGCAACUAAGUUGCUGAAGAUCGUGUCAUAAAGAGAGAGAUGGUGCUGCAGUCAUGGGAAAGUACUUCAAGCAAAACAGCAAAAAGAGUUGUCAUCGUAGUAAGCUGGGUGACCAGUAGUGGUCACUGUUUGGGAUUAAGACUUUUCACCUUCCAUUAUGUUUGUGUAAUAAGUCACUUGUGAUGAAUAUGACCAUACCUAAUGAAACACAAUGUGUCUUUUGGUAAGUUAUCAAGGCUGUUAUGCAACACUUAGCAUUGCACAUGUCUAUGUAGCAUUUUAAAUUCACAUAUCUUUCCCUGUUCGUUUGCGCACAAGCUUACUUUUGCUGAGUCAAAGAAUUAUCAUGUCAAAUAUCACAUUGUUUGAAGCUUUGUCGUGGGCUAAUAUAUAUUACCCUGCAAGAUCUUUGUGUGUGUCUUUUAAAUCUAUAUGUUUUGCUUUGGUGUCUAAAGAAAUGUCAUUUGGCCCUAAAACUUAAGAUUGAUUUACUUUAUUUUAGUAUACAGAACCACUGGAAUUGUAAACAGAUCAGGAGGUAUACCCAGUAGAUGUUAAAAAUUGUCAUGUGUAUGUUCUUAGUAUAAACUCUUACUACUUUACUUUUACAUGUUUGCCAUCACCAUUGUAGUUAUAGUGGUAAAGUGGUAUUACAUUCACUACAUAAAACUUCACAAAAAUAUAACUUUGUUUGAAACAUCAACAUAAAGACUGAGAGAUCACAUAAUAUAUGUGCUCAGUGUGUGAAAAUGUAACAAAGUAAUAUAUAUGCACACAAAACAUAUCUAGAAGAGCGUAUCUCUGAGAGAAAUACCAGCAGUGUAAUAGGAAAUAACUCUGCAAAAAUAAGUGGCACAUUUGUCAAACAUAUAUAUGUGGCUGGUUUCCUUCACCAUCAUUGUCCAGUCUGAGCAAGUGUGGUGUGUCUAAUAAACUUGUCAUCAAUGGGGUGUUAAACUCUAACCUUAUUUUUUGUAUGAAGUAACUGUAAAAAAAAUAUGAAUACACUUCUUGUGUAUGUAAGUAUAACCGUCUUCAACUCUAACAUUGCUUUCAACACUGCUAUGCUUUCCUAGAAUUAGUUCCAUUGGAGGUGGUUUGUCUUUGUCUUCCUCCAAUCUUUGAACUUAGUGACCCUGCCAUUUAUAAGGUGACCUACAUUUCCACAUGGACUCCAGACCACAGUGCAGUUUGCCGCUUUUCACAUUAAUAAAUCUCUGCUGAGGUGCAAGAAGUGACAGGAAAAAUGCAGGUGCAACUGGGGAUUGAACCCAGCACCUUUAGAUAUUUAAUAGGGAUUUACUGGGCCAAUGAGACUUAUACUCUUCUUGUAAAAGACCGCAAAGAUCAGGAGAAAGAACUACUUAGUCACUUAUUUAUUGAAAUAAAUUACUGUUGGACUAUUAUCUUAAGGUACUUUACAUGAGUAUCUAUGGCUAUACUCGGCAUAUCACUGAAGUACAUGACAGCGUGGACAGUCAGACUGAUCUGCAGUGUCAGUUUGUAAAUUCCUUGUAUGCCAUUGUUAAAGUGUCUUGUAAUUCUGUAUCUGCUGUCAAGUGUGUGUGUGUGUGUGUGUGUGUGUGUGUGUGUGUGUGUGUGUGUGUGUGUGUGUGUGUGUGUGUGUGUGUUGGGGGGGGGGGGGGGGGGAGAGGGGGAGGUUGACAAACUGCUACCUUAACUCAGUGAACACUAAAGAGAGGGAGAGGGAGGCAGUGUGGCACAUGUGCCAUGGUAGAAAAUACGAAAACCACUGCUAAAUAAAGCACAGUAAGCUAACAGUUGUUGUAAUGCACAGACAAACAUAAAGUGUAGGUGAAAAUUCUUUGGCUUAGGCCAUUCAAACCAGAUGACGAAAUAACACAAACUGUCAUGUGUAUUGGCAAAUCUUGGAACGAGGCUGUUUUCCUCACAAGUUAAUUGUAAGGCUGUAAGGUGAUGAUCAUUUAUGGUGUUAAAAACUGCAUAUUAAUUGGACUUGUUUGUGAAAUGUAUUGUCGAAUAUUUGGAUGAACAGAGCUAAAUAAGGUAUUUUUGUUACUUCAAUGGAAUAUAGAGCUUGAUGGUCUGACUUUUAAUUAGUGAAAAAUUUUAAAGAAAAUCUUGAGUGCUGUGCGUACUUCUAAUCAAACCAGUUUCUAGUGUUCACUUUGAUUUAGAUUCUAAAUUUAGCUCGAAUAAAUAUUCCCAUUAUACUGCUUGAUAACAGUAAAUUAAACUUUUUAUCCAAUUCAGAGUGGAGAAUGUUUCUUAACUUAUUCAGAAUUCCAACAUACAAACUAAAACCACUCAUAAAACAAAAGCCCAUAAAUUCGUUCUUGUUAUUCUUAAAACUUCUUUAUUAGGACAAUGGCCUGAGUUUAGGGACACUCACAUACGAUGUGAAUGUGUAAUUAAUGCUAUUGGUCCUGAGAAGACAAUAGGGUAAAUGAUUCUGAACUCACAAUAAACAAAAGAAUCAACUCUCACAGUUUGUAACCAAACCACUCCAUGUGGCAAGUUACAUCCUCAGGCUUCAAAUUGCAGUCUGUUGUUGUGAACAGGUCUUUCAGAGUAAUAUGAUUAGAGUUUGCCUUAAAUGCAUUCCUAAUAUUAAUGUGUGCAAUACACUGCACUGAAGAUGGAAACACAUCUGUGCAUAUUCAAACACUUUGUUUGUACUUAAACUGUGAAUUCAUGGCCCAGAGAAUCUCUUCUUGACUUUUAUACUGAUUUUUGUAUAUAAUUGUGUGUUGCAGGAGGGGGGAGGGGGGCAUGUUUUCCAGUAUAAAUGAUUGUAAAGGAAAUAAAGUUUUUGACAACACAAUUUCAAGAAAAGCUGAUAUCUUAACGUGCCCCUGGUGUUUUAAUUGUCGUGGUUUCUCUGCAGUAGUGUGGCAUUGAAACCUUUGUAAUUUUAACAUUAGUACAAUUAAAAAGUGAAACAUGUACUCUGGUUUCAUCACUAUGCUGCCCUCCACAAUUUGAGUUUGCACCUUCUGUUUCACUAGUUGUGUUUUCUGUGCUGUAACUGUUGGUAAUGACCCAGCUAGAAUGGACAAAUUAAAUUGUUUGCAGUACUACAAUAUUUCAUACGAGCAAGGACUGUGUUGCAUAACUCAAAUUACCAUCACAGCAAACACAACCAGUGAAACAGAAGUUCAUGUUCUUGUUGUAGCCUGUGAUAGCUGCAGAGGAUGUACCAAAAAAUGUAGCAUUCCUUAUUCAAAACCGAAACUGAGUCAUUACCAACAGUUACAGCACAGAAAAUACAGCCAGCGAAACAGUGUGCAUAAGUGAACUCAAAUGGUGGAGAAAUGCGUAGUAACCCAACUUAAAUGGUUGUCUACUGAAAAGCAUCUACGUGAAUACCAAUUACUUGAAAUGUGUAUGGUAUCUCAAAAGAACAUUUGGCAUAAAAUGAAUCUUUCCUCAGAAUGUGCCUAGGCAUUAACAGUAUUUACACUUACAAUAAAAUAAACAGUUCAGACAGAACAAGAAAUUAGUAAAAUCUUGAUAUACUGCUGGAUUUUUGCCACAACUCAUUGCAUUGAGAACAAACCCAUAAAAAUUUCAUGUAUAACUGUAUAGUGUAUUAUAUAGCAACUCCCUUAAUUAUUCUGAUGUAAAAUUCUGUAUAUGUGUGUAUAUUGGUUAUCAAAGAGGUGUUGAAUAUUUAUAUUAAAUUCUGUAAUGUGCAGUGAUAUUUAUUUAAAGUUAUAGUGACACUGUUCCAACAGUGAAACUGAAAAAUAUUGAUUGUAAAGUACUUAAAAGUGCUGUAAUUUUUGUGCUGUGAUGUUUCAUGAGAUGCUUCUCGUGUCAUAGUAAUGGAUAUUGAUUGAAAAGACAAAUGUGCCACAAGAUGGACUGGACUACAUUAAAAUUUAUCUUGCAGUUGCCAGAUUUUGCCAAUUCUAACACAACAGUUCAAACUCACUUAUCACUGUGAAUUUCAAACCUAAUAUUGUGCAGUUGUGUUGAGUCAGAUGCAUAAAAUUGAAAUUUGUGAUAAUUAAAUGCAAGAUCUAAGAGUAAUUUUUUUAUAUAGCAGUAUCCUGAAAGUGGAACUUGAUCUCCAGCAUUACUGACGAUUAGUGCUGUAUCUUGAGGUGUAAUUCAGAGAGACUUAUUUUUUCAGAUUUUUAUGUAUGGAAAUACUUAUUUUUUUAAUACUUCCCAAAAAUAUUUGAUUUUAAAUCAAUUUAGAAGUUGUUUAGCACACUGGUUUUUUAGUUAAGUGAAGUAUAUACAUACUUGUAAAUUGUAGAGUAAAUGUUCUGUUAUGUCAGUAAAGCUGCAACUUUUUGUUUAAAAUAUUUGUAAUUGUAAAUGUCUUCUUUAACGUAAUGUUGAGAAAGAAUUGUUUGAUUGUUGGAAGUAGUACAUGUUGAAAUAUAAUUCGACAGUUAUAUUAUUCUUGUUUAAUGUUUGGGCUGUGCUCUAGCAUAUUGAAGUGAUAGUAAUUUACUAUAUUGGAAAUAAAGAUUUUUAAAUAUU